AUGGACAGAAAAGCUCCCAAAACCACCACACCAUCUCCCACAACAACUACCACACCAGCUCCCACAACCACCACACCAGCUCCCACAACAACCACCACAUCACUCACCACACCAGCUCCCACAACCACCACACCGGCUCCUACAACAACCACCACACCAACUCCCACAACACCCACUACACCAGCUCCAACAACAACCACCACACCAGCUCCCACAACCACAACAACUACCACACCAGCUCCCACAACCACCACACCAGCUCCCACAACAACCACCACAUCACUCACCACACCAGCUCCCAUAAUACUCACCACACCAGCUCCCACAACCACCACACCAUCUCCCACAACAACUACCACACCAGCUCCCACAACCACCACACCAGCUCCCACAACAACCACCACUACCACACCAGCUCCCACAACAACUACCACACCAGCUCCCACAACAACUACCACACCAGCUCCCACAACCACCACACCAGCUCCCACAACAACCACCACAUCACUCACCACACCAGCUCCCACAACCACCACACCGGCUCCUACAACAACCACCACACCAACUCCCACAACAACCACUACACCAGCUCCAACAACAACCACCACACCAGCUCCCACAACCACCACACCGGCUCCUACAACAACCACCACACCAACUUCCACAACACCCACUACACCAGCUCCAACAACAACCAACACACCAGCUCCCACAACCACCACACCGGCUCCUACAACAACCACCACACCAGCUCCCACAACACCCACCUCACCAGCUCCCACAACCACCACCACACCAGCUCCCACAACCACCACACCGGCUCCUACAACAACCACCACACCAGCUUCCACAACCACCACACCGGCUCCUACAACCACCACCACACCAGCUCCCAUAAUACCCACUACACCAGCUCCCACAACAACUACCACACCAGCUCCCAUAAUACCCACCACACCAGCUCCCACAACAACUACCACACCAGCUCCCACAACACCCACCACACAAGCUCCCACAACCACCACACCGGCUCCUACAACAACCACCACACCAGCUCCCAUAAUACCAACUACACCAGCUCCCACAACAACCACCUCACCAUCUCACACAACAACUACCACACCAGCUCCCACAACAACCACCACACCAGCUCCCACAACACCCACCACACCAGCUCCAACAACAACUACCGCACCAGCUCCCACAACCACGUCACCAGCUCCCACAACCACCACACCAACUCCCACAACAACCACCACACCAGCUCCCACAACACCCACCAGCUGCUUUUAA